CAGUUCCUCCACUUCACACUUCAGUUCUCAAAUCCCCUCGAAAUAAAACGAAAUAAAUUUUUUUUUUCUAAUUUUUUUCCCAAUUUGAGCGUCAGAUUCUAAUUCAAUAGUUAGCUUCGUCUCCAAAAUCCUCAGAUUCUUUCAUCAUCUCUCUUUUUUGCUGCUCGGCUCGAUCUUCGUCUAGGUCAAUGAAUAUUGAUUGGAUUUAGGGUUUCGAUUCCAAAACCCUAGGGAGAAGCGACGACGAUGAAGCGGAAUGGUGCUCAAUACUUGAUGCCCUUGUCGCUGCUGCUAUUCCUCUUCAUCGUUCAUCUCGUCGAUGCAAUCGACGCUGGUGCAAAUGGAGAGACGAUUUCAGCGAGCAAAAAUGUGGCUGGUGCUGAUUUGAGCGGUGCGAAGUUGGCGCCGCCUGAUAGUGAGAAGGUUGCAGAAGAGAAGAAGGCGAAAGAGGAAACCAAGGGAGAGAUCGAGAAGAAAGAGUCGAAAGAAACUGUAAUUAAGGAGAAAGGUAAGAGCUUGGAGGAACCUGAAUCUCAAGAGAGGAAUCAAAAGGGGGGUUCGAAUGGGGAUUCUGAUGUAGAGGUGUGUGAUCCGUCGAACCGAUGUGUCGAUGAGAAGAGCAAGUUUGUUGCUUGCUUGAGAGUCCCUGGGAAAGAUUCACUAGAUCUCUCACUUAUGAUUCAAAAUAAAGGAAAAGAAUCCUUGGAUAUUAUUAUUGUAGCCCCUGAUUUUGUCAAUUUAGAACAGAGUACAGUGCAGCUUAAAGCAAAGGAAGACAAGGAGGUAAAAGUUUCGGUUAAAGAUGGUGGAAACGACACUACAAUACUCCUAAAAGCAGGAGAGGGCAGUUGCAGUCUCAACUUUCAAAACCCAAUCUCCGACCCCAUCAAAAACACCGAAACUUCUUCUCUUCCAGGAUUCUUCAGCCAUCUAUCUAUACGCUCCUCAUUCAUUCUCAUCAGCCUUGGCGCGUCAUUGGUCAUAGUUUUAUCUUGGUGUUUUAUCAAAUUCCGGAGGAUGAAAAGCCAAGAAAGCAGUCAAAAAUAUCAACAGAUUGAUGCAGGACUCCCUAUUUCAACCGGCGGGAAGAAGGAUAUCAGUGAAGGAGACGGUUGGGAUAAUAGUUGGGGAGAUGAUUGGGACGAUGAAGAGGCGCCCAUGACUCCUUCAAAGCCAGUUUUGACUCCGUCGUCUAAAGGUCUUGCAUCGAGGAAAUUUAACAAGGAUUCUUGGAAGGAUUAGGUUACCUGUUUUUUUAUUCUUGAAGAAAGAUGAAUGAUUUAAUUCUCUUUUAUUUGCUGUAUUUUGGUAAAUUAACUGUGUCUAGUCUCCCUUAGUCCCUUCUAGGGGAAAAAUAGGAAUACAAAUAUCAGUUGGCUUUUAAGAAAGCAUCCCACUUAUGUAAUGGUCUUAACGUAAGAAAUCGAGAGGGUGGUUGUUAGGUUGUUGCAGUAUGAAUUAGCUGCUUUCUUGGUAAUUUUUCA